UCCAAAACAAAAAUGGAUAAUUUAUCUAAUUCGAGUACUAAUUCGAGUACUUUGGAGAAAUGGCUAGAAUAUAAUUUUCCAAUUUUAAUCAACAAAAUUAAGCCCGACGUCCAAAACGAUGAUAUGGAAGCUACGGAAGAAAAUUUUAAAAUGCUUUCACUAAGCUUUUGUCUUCAAAGUCUUGUAAUACCAAAAAUUGAGAAAUAUAUGAGAAUUAUUAUUGCGCCAAAAUUUUGGUCAAAAUUUGUUAAUGUUAGUGAAAUUGAUGAAAAACAAGGCUUCCAAAAUUUUACAACCUCUGUAAAUGAAUUAUAUACCGACUCGAGUAAAUUAUUACCAAUGUUAAAAAAAUUAGAAUUAGCUGGAUCUUGCAAAGAUGAAUAUUGCAUGUACAGUCAAGUUAAUAUAUUGGAUUAUUUUAAACUUAUAAUAAGAGGCACUUUAUUAAGUCAAAUUCCACUGUAUCAUACAACUAUUAUCGAACACUUUUAUAAAACUGCAUUUAAUGUAUUUUGCAAUAUUGAAGCAUCGUCAACGACGGAGGAUUUGCAUAAUAAUUCGACGAUACUCUGCGAAGGCUGUAAACAAGAACAGAGCAAUUGCCAGUGUCAAAUAAUUGUAGAUGUAUUUCACGAAACCAAUAAGAAGCUUAUACAGUUAGGUUUAUUAGAAAGACUUGUGGGUAGUAUAUUAACUUCUUUGAUACAUAUACGUAUUGAAAGUCACGUACAUCGUGUAUGUAAUCGUACAUUUGAUUCGUCUCAGUUGGAACCAUUAGAAUGCUGGCUGGAGACUGUAGUAAUGAACUGGCUAAUUCGUAUCUAUUCGGGUGGAUCAUCUAGAUCAAUGUCUCUUGAUUACAAAGUGAGAAAUGCUAUAAAUACCUUCAAGCAAAAACUCAGUUACUUUCUAUAUGAGACUUAUACUAGGGAGAGAAUCGAUCAACUUUUUAACAUAGUUAUUGAAUAUCCUGAUUCUCGAGCUGCGGUAGAUGAUCUUCGUAUCUGCUUGGAAAGAACGGAUCUUCGAAAGUAUUUAAUUAGAACGCUACAAGAGGCUUUGAAAACAAGAUUGUUGCAUCCAGGCGUAAGCACUCCAGAUAUAUUAACAGCAUAUAUCGCAGCUAUAAAAGCCCUAAGGCAAUUGGAUCCUACUGGUAUGCUUUUGGAGACAAUAACAGAACCGAUUAAAGUUUAUUUAAGAAGAAGAGAAGACACUGUGAGAUGCGUAGUUAGCGGUUUGCUGGACGAAUCAAGUACCAGCGAUCUAGCUGAUGAAUUAGCCAGAGGAGGUGAGUCGAUACAGUUAGAUGUAGAUGGUGGAGCAUCUCCGCAAGAAGAUAAAGAAGAUUGGGAAAAUUGGCAGCCUGAUCCUGUAGAUGCAGAUCCCACCGAAUUUAUGUCCACAACCCGGGGCCGUCGUAGGGUCUCGGAUAUUAUAUCUAUGCUUGUUAAUGUAUAUGGUAGCCAAGAUUUAUUUGUCAACGAAUAUCGAACUUUAUUGGCUGAUCGCCUUUUAUCACAACUGAAUUAUCAAACGGACCGAGAAAUUCGUCACUUGGAACUUUUGAAAAGACGUUUUGGGGAGCAUCAACUGCAUCACUGUGAAGUUAUGAUCAAAGACAUUUAUGAUUCUAAGAGAAUUGACGGGAAUGUCCAGCUUGAUAAAAAAUAUAAUUCGGAAAAGGCAAACUUUUCCACUUCAGCCCUAAUCUUGUCUGCACAAUUUUGGCCACCAUUUAAGGAAGAAUGGAAACUCGAAUUACCUGUUUAUGUGCAAGAACAACUCGAUAAAUAUGUUAAGGCUUUUGAAGCAUUGAAAGGCAAUCGAACAUUAUGUUGGAAGCCACACUUAGGAAACGUGAACCUGGAUAUUGAGACAAGAGACAGAAAGUUGAAUCUAAACAUCUCCCCCAUUCAUGCAACAUUGAUUUUGCAUUUCCAAGACAAAAAUGAGUGGAAUUUAGAUGAGUUGUCGGAGUUGAUGCAUGUGCCGACAACGGUGUUGAGGAGGAAGAUCGGUUACUGGGUGUCGCAAGCAUUGCUAGUUGAAACAUCUCGUGAUACUUUCAGUCUUCAAGAGGAAAUAGCAACCAAUAACUCGAGAAACAUUCAAACAACAAUCGUGACGGAUAUGAUCGAUGAUGAAGAAGUCGAAAGUGCAAUGGCUUCGGCGAGUGAUCAACGCGAAGAAGAACUUCAAGUUUUUUGGUCAUACAUCGUCGGAAUGCUAACGAAUCUGGAUUCCAUGCCUCUCGAUCGAAUACAUCAAAUGUUAAAAAUGUUUGCUUCACAGGGUUCCGGCGCCGUUGAGUGUGGUUUGCCCGAACUCAGACUUUUUCUAGAUAAUAAAGUCCGGCAACAUCAGUUGCUUUUCUCCAGUGGUUUGUACAAACUUCCGAAACCUUGAACGGAUUUUACUUCACUUCCAACUUGUUCAACUUCAAUUUACUAUGAAUUAUAUAUUCAUGUAAAAUAUAAAUUUUGUCUACGAGUAUAAAAAUUAGGUGAAUUUAUUUUU